AACAAUUUCACUUCCCUCUUUUUGCUUUCCAAUCAUUAUCAGACUUACCCCAUACAAAUAUUCAGCUUACUGUCUUUCAUUUGUUCAUCCAUCUAUUCAUUCACACGCGUGUUAUUCAUUUCUUUUCAACCUCAAUUAUCUUCAUUCUAGUACACAUUCUCUGUCCUACGCUUCCUCUUUCUUUCUCUCUUUCUCUCUUUUUCUCUCUCUCGCACACGUAAGCACCUAUACUCUUCAAAUCAAUCCAUCCUCCAAUUUCAAUAUGGUUCGCUCCGCAUUCCAGCAAGAACAUGCCUUUGAAAAACGCAAGGCAGAGGCUGAACGUAUCCGUCAAAAGUAUCCCGAUCGUAUCCCAGUCAUUUGUGAGAAAGUCGACAAGUCUGAUAUCGCCACUAUCGACAAGAAAAAGUAUUUAGUACCCGCUGAUUUGACAGUAGGCCAAUUUGUUUACGUAAUUCGCAAACGUAUCAAGCUAUCGCCCGAAAAGGCCAUCUUCAUUUUCGUCAACGAAGUCUUGCCUCCAACUGCGGCAUUGAUGUCAUCAAUCUACGAAGAGCAUCAGGAUAAGGAUGGAUUCCUCUAUAUUACAUAUUCUGGCGAGAAUACGUUCGGUGCAGAAUCAGAGAGCAAUGAGACUGACUAGAAGAAAGUAACAGGCUAUACAAACACAUUGUCCUCUUUCCCUAUUCAUUCUUGGCCACGUGUUAAUCAUGCAAGAAAAGAAUGAAGAAUGAAC